UAGUCUGGUAGAGGUAUGUUGCGAAAAUGGCGUCCAGCAAUGAAGAAGAUGAGGUCCCAGUGAUACAGCACUCCAGAGAGCAAAGGUGGCCGUUAGAAGGAGAGCCAGUUUGUAUCGUAUGCAGUAGAUACGGGGAGUACGUACUAGAUGAAACAGAUGAGGACGUGUGUAGCAUUGAAUGUAAGACUGUUAGACUGGAAAUUCUGAAGAAAAGUCAAAGUCCUUUAGCUGAAAAGAAGGAAAUUAUUAAAUCAACUGAUGAUGGUAUGAGCCCUGAGCAAUUAGAGGCAUUUUAUAAGAUGAUGCAGCUCGAAGUAAGAGGAUCAAAUGUCCCAGGACCAAUCACUGAUUGGAGUCAGUUACCACUUGAUCCUCAACUGAGAUCAAAUCUACACAGCAGUGGAUUCAAUACCGUCACUCCAGUUCAAACUCUCAUAGUUCCAGCCAUUCUUAAGAAAAGGGACCUCUUAGUUUGCUCUGCCACUGGGUCUGGGAAAACUUUGUCAUUCUUGUUGCCUCUUGUCCAACUGAUGAGUCUAUUACCAGCAGAUCCUGUAGUAUUGGUACUAUCACCAACAAGAGAGUUAUGUCAGCAAAUUGAAGAACAGGCAAAACUUUUAAUGAAAGGUAUUCCUGGUAUGAGAACUGCUUUGUUGAUUGGUGGAGUACCAAUAGCGAACCAGUUACAUCGACUAAAAUCAAAUGUGAAGCUGUUGAUAGCUACUCCAGCAAGACUAUUGGAUAUACUAACCAAUCAUGGAAAGAGUUUGUGUCUCUCUUCAAGUCUGCAAGUUCUUGUAGUUGAUGAAGUCGACUCUUUGUAUCAAAUGGGAUUUGAGGAACAAUUACAGUCCAUCAGUAAGCAUCUUCCAUCAAAGAAGCAAAGUCUAUUCUUCUCUGCUACCAUUCCUCCAAAGAUAGAGACACUAGCUACAGAGACUCUUCACAAUCCUCUAUUCAUUACUGUUGGGACACCAAACACUUCUAGUGUUAAUGUGAGACAUAUUGUCCUUUGGGUGGAAGAGGAGGCAAAGAAGAAACAUCUUUUUACUUUUCUUAAAGACAAAGACACAUUCUGUCCCCCAGUCAUUAUAUUCGUUAACUCUCGUAAAGGUACUCUACUCUUAGCUGAGGCCAUUGAUAAAGCUUGCGAUGUGGCAGCCAUUGCACUGCAUGGAGAGAUGGAGCAGGAGAGAAGGUCGGCCAUUUUGAGUGGAUUCCUGGCUGGGAAGUAUGAGGCAGUCGUUGCAACCGGAGUACUAGCAAGAGGACUUGACCUUCACAACGUGAAGCAAAUAUUUAUAUUUGAUGCUCCUUCAACAAUUGAUGAGUUUAUACAUCAAGUUGGUAGAUCUAGUAGAUUGGGUUCCAAGGGUUGGGCUAUCACCUUCAUUAACAAUACAGACAAAACAUUUGUCACUACUGGUGUUGCUUUAGGCAUAUUUACUGGGCUGGUUGAUCUUUUGGAGCCAUUAGGAGUAGAUCUUCCUGCACAGUUGCUCCAUCAUCGACAAAAUGAGGUGGAGAAAAGGAGGAGAAAGCGUAUGCUACAAGACAAAACUCCAAAAGUCAAUUAUCAUAAAAAGUAA